UGCUGAUUUAAAUAACAACGCGGAGUGGUAGCUCUGUCCCUGGGGAAAUGCAUAUAAAGAUAAAUGCUCAUCAUUGAUUAUAGCACAGCAAACAGAUCGUCAAACAACAAACAUGGGCAAGAUUAUCUUCUACGAGGAUAGGAACUUUGGUGGCCGUCACCAUGAAUGCAUGAGUGACUGUGCCGACUUGCAGUCCAUGUUCAACCAAUGCAAGUCGAUCAGGGUGGAGAGUGGCAUGUUCAUGAUCUACGAUGGCCCCAACUACAUGGGAAACCAGUACUUCAUGAGGAGGGGCGAGUACCCUGACUACAUGCGCAUUAUGGGAAUGAAUAUUAGGUCCUGCCGUAUGAUUCCCAUGCACCAUGGCAACUACAAGAUGAGGCUGUAUGAUCGCUCUGAUAUGGGGGGUCAGAUGAUGGAGCUGAGCGACGACUGCCCCAAUGUCCAAGACCGUUUCCGCAUGUCCGACAUCAACUCCUGCAACGUGAUGGACGGCCACUGGCUGAUGUACGACCAGCCCAACUACAAGGGCAGGCAGUACUACCUGAGGCCUGGAGAGUACAGGAAGUACAGCGACUGGGGAGGAGUGAGCUCCAGGGUUGGCUCCCUCAGACGCAUCAUGGAUCUCUAAAGACAGAAUGGUCCUGGUGAAAUGUCUACUCUUUGCUUUGUUUCACACGCUGAAUAAAAUGAUGUCGGUG